GACACAACCUGCUAAGAAGACAAACCUGUGAAUGUACUGUUAGGUAAAAACGUCCGUUUUUUUCGCACAUUUCAGAGGUUUCAGAGCUAAAAUAAACGAGGCGGAAGGAUAAGAGACUAUCUUGUAUAAAGUCUGUGUACGUUAAUGGUUUGUGCGAGCAGCUGAUGUGAAGUGCAGGUCGUUUUCUCUCCUCCUCCCUUAAUGAUAGGGAGGCAUCACCGCCAGAGGAAAACAGGAAUUGCCCCAUAAAUCUGACGUUUUUUGUCAAUCAAAUAUACAACUGAUGGCGACCAGUGCAAAGAGACCGUCCCUUCAGGGUCCUGUACCACCACCCCGCAAGAAGACAACCCCCAAACCUGAGCUGACCGAGGAGCAGAAGCAAGAGAUCAGGGAGGCCUUUGAGCUGUUUGACACUGAUGGAUCUGGAUUCAUUGAUGUCAAAGAGCUCAAGGUUGCAAUGAGAGCGCUGGGGUUUGAACCGAAGAAAGAGGAGAUAAAGAAGAUGAUUGGUGAAGUGGAUAAGGACAGCACAGGGAAAAUAUCCUUUGCUGACUUCCUCACUGUCAUGACACAGAAAAUGGCUGAGAAGGACUCCAAAGAGGAGAUCCUGAAAGCUUUCCGCCUAUUCGAUGACGACGAGACGGGCAGGAUCUCGUUCAAGAAUCUGAAGAGAGUAGCCAAAGAGCUGGGAGAGAACCUCACAGAUGAAGAGCUGCAGGAAAUGAUUGAUGAGGCAGACCGGGAUGGAGAUGGAGAAGUGAACCAGCAGGAGUUCCUACGUAUUAUGAAAAAAACCUGUCUGUAUUGAUGAAAAGGAAUUUCAUGUCAAGGGGGCUGGUGGUGGUUUUACAGUACAUAUGAUGCUGCUCAUUGAUCUACGAGAUUUUCCUUUCUUCUUAUUGUGUUGUGCCAUGUUUUCAUUUUAUAUUCAGGUCUAACACAAUUCCAUGAAAGGAAAUUGUCAAAAGUGUAUUAACCUCUAUUGAUUUUCAAGAUAAUCUACAUUACAUUUGACAAAAAGCAGUAUGAAUACUCUUUCUAGUUGGUAGUGCUGCAUACUUGUAAAGAAUACAUUAAUAUUUAUGAUUAAAAUGUUGGUAAUUUGUUGUUGAAAUACUCAGUGCCUGCGUCAGUACAGUGACAAACUACAUUCCAUUGCUUUAAUUGAUAAAAUGUUUGCAUUACUUUCCAGUCAUUUGUAGUUCAUUUUAUCCUUGUUAGCUCCAUGUGAUGGCUCUUGUAUGCACGUUUUCCAGAGAAAAUGUUAAAUCUGAUGGUUUGGGAGAGCUGUCUAUACUCAGUGCUACCUGUAGAUCCGUGCCAGUGCCUCUUUAAAGGGUCGAUCAUCACAAUCAGGGAAGCUGCCUAACCUCUCUGCCCUGCACGCCUGCCUAAAAUGUACCACUAUCUUAUCUCUUGCUGUAUGCAGAGAAUAUCGGGUAUUUUUCUUGUUGCACCAAUUAUUUAUCUGUCUGCUGAACUUCUCCCCUGAAUGUUUUGUAUGAUAUGCAGUGACUUUAUUUCAAGAGUAGC